AUGGGUCCCCCAUUGUUGGCUCGGCGUGGUGUUACUCAGCAAGAACAGAAAGUCAUCAAUGUCAUUGAUGAAUUGGAGAAAGUGACAGUUCAGGUUCCUCUAGUGAUAUCUCCUAAUGGUAGUAACGAUGGGCAGAAUCAGGAGUCUUCUCAACCUGAUCAAAAUCCGGAGGAGGGAGAAAAUGUCAAGGGUUUCCGAGGCUCAUAUGCGGAUAGAGUGAAGAUCAAUAAGUCAGUUAAGCGUGAGGUAAAUUUCAGGUUGCUUGAAUCGGUAGAGAGUGUGGAGGAGGCAGACGUUGUUAUCCCUAAGGAAGCAGUACGUCAGGUACAAAAGAAGUUUGAAAAUGUUCUUUAUGGUUACUUUCUAGGUGAUAGGCUGCCUUUUCCCGUUGUUGAUUACUAUGUCAAGAAUGUAUGGGCAAAGUAUGGGUUUGUUAAGCUUAUGAUGAAUUCAGACGAUUUUUUCUUUUUCAAAUUUGAUUCCAAGGAGGGUAUGCUUAAGGUUCUUGAGAAUGGCCCAUGGCUGAUUAGGAAAAUGCCAUUGUUUCUGAAUGUAUGGAGUCCGACUGCAAGUUUAAAGAAGGAAGGUAUUAAGUCGGUUCCAGUAUGGAUCAGGUUACACAGUGUUCCUUUGGCCGUGUACACAAAUGAUGGUUUGAGUUUGUUAGCCUCUAAGGUGGGGAUCCCGAAAAGGUUAGAUAGUUAUACGGCGGAUAUGUGCAUUGACAAUUGGGGUAGAACUAGUUAUGCACGUGCUAUGGUCGAGAUAAAUGCUGAUAAGGAACUUAAAUCUCAUGUAGUGGUUGCUAUCCCUAAAAUGGAUGAAGAAGGAUUCGUGAUGGAAAGAGUUAGAGUUGAAUAUGAAUGGAAACCUCACCGUUGUGAAACUUGUUGUUUGUUUGGCCAUACUAUGUCCUCAUGCCCAAGGGCUUCUAAGGAAAAAGCUAAGCAGGUUAUAAUCGAUGAGGAGGGGUUCAUUAUGGAUAAAAGAAAGACUGCCAAACAUGGCUUUCCGCAAAAGAAACCGAAGCCGAAGUUUGUUUACAAACCUAAGCAAAAUACGGCUGGCGCUAGUACUUCGGGAACAAAAAACCAAGGAGACGUAAAAGAAGCUGAACCGGUAGUGAGUUUACAUAACAAAUACGAUUUGCUAGGAGAGGGUGCGUCCAAUUCAGGAAACCUAAAUGGCCAGAGCUCCCCAGAGCUGGGCAAUAAUGCAGUGGAUGGAAGAAGUAAAGACGAAAAGAAUUCAAAUAAUCAAAAGUCGAACUUGGAGGGGGAUGAAGAACUAAUAGACCCAUGUCACCCGGAAAUUUCAUCAUUCAUGUCAGCGAACAAGUCGAAGGCAUGGAAUAUAAGGGGCUUGAACCGGCCCCUGAAACAAAGAGAGGUUCAGCAAGUAGUGAAAGAUAAUCGGUUGAGUGUUUGUGCCAUUCUGGAGUCUCAUGUGGAGGUGUCUAAGCUUUCUAAGGUUUGUAAUAGAGUUUUCCGGCAAUGGGAGUGGACUUCAAAUGGUGGGGUUUGUAAUAGAGGUACUAGAAUUAUAAUAGGUUGGAACAGUGAUUUGGUGGAUCUUAUGGUUCUGGCCCAAACGGAUCAAGUCGUGCAUGUCAAGCUCAAGUCUAUAGCUCUGGACACUCAUGUUUUUGUGUCUUUUGUUUAUGCGAAGAAUACUUAUCAGGAGCGUAGGGAAUUAUGGCGUGAUUUGAUGAUGCAUAAGUUGGUUGUUAAUAACCAGCCGUGGAUUGUCCUAGGGGAUUUUAAUUCGGCUCUCUACUUGGAUGAUGUUUUACAUGGCUCGUCUAAUCCGACUAUAGGGAUGAGAGACUUCUUCGAGUGUGUUCAACAGACGGAGCUUCUUGAUAUCCCCGGGCAUGGGCUUCACUUUACGUGGAACCAAAAACCAAGGGAAGGGAUUGGUAUCCUUAAGAAGAUAGAUCGGGUUAUGGGGAAUGUUAGUUUCUUGGAUGUGUUUCCUAAUGCUCAUGUGCUCUAUCACCCUUAUAGGGUGUCGGACCAUACGCCGUGUAUUCUUAAGAUGGAUCAAGUUUGCCGUCCUAAACCCAAGCCGUUUAAAUUCGCUAAUUUUAUAGCCAACAAAGAGGAGUUUAAAGCUUGUGUUGUUUCUGAAUGGAGUAGAAGUAUAGAGGGCAUCCCGAUGCUUUCUGUGGUAAAAAAGCUUCGGAAUCUUAAAACCCCGUUAAGGAAACUGCUUCAUGAUCAAGGUAAUUUACAUACUGAAGUCAAAGAGUUGAGAUUGCAGCUGGAUGACAUCCACCGUCAAAUUGAUCUUAAGCCGUUUGACACUUCGCUUCGGGAAAAUGAAACUGAACUUAUAAAAAAGUUCCAUAUUGCUUCUUAUGAUGAGGAAUCUUUUUUAAAACAAAAGGCUAAGCUGGAAUGGCUAAGUGCGGGAGAUGGCAAUACAUCUUUCUUUCACAAUUUUGUUAAAAGCAGGAAUGCCAGGAAUAAAAUCCACUUGAUUCGAGAUGCUAAAGGUAUUCAGUAUGAAGGUGCGGAUGUUGAGAAAGCUUUAGUUGACCACUAUACUAAUUUCUUGGGUAUUGAAGCUGAAGUAGAAGAGUUAAACAUGGACGGCCUUAGUUGUACAUGGCUUUUCUCUCUGGCUUAG